AUGGCGUCAUUCGGAAUGGGACCGCCCCGACGCCACCUGGAUGCCAACGCCGGCAGAGAGGUGGUGUAUUGUCAUUCCUGCGCGCACGAGUGGUAUAGUGACGAGCAGCCGCCGAGACUGGAGCCCGAGUGCCCGAGAUGUCAUAGUGAGAUUGUAGAGAUUGUCGAGCCAGGAGAGAGCGACCCUCGUAUCGAAGCUGGUGGCCUUGGCCUCGGUGGUGGUGGCUCCGGCUCUUAUUUUCGCCGCAAUGCUGCUGGCGAGGACUCGGACCCCGAAGAAGACGAUAUAGAGAAUCAUCUCCCCGGCGGCCCUGCUAGAAGCCCGUUCGGACGAGGUUUGUUCCCGCCGUCACCUGGUGCGCCAGAUGGGGAUAACAAUCGACCUGGCGAUGAGGUGUUUAACCGUUUCUUCGAGCUUAUUAUGCACGAUCUGGGCGGCGGUAGACACGUUCGCGAGAGCCAGGGUGCUAACAACAAUCCCGGCGCCGGCGCCGCCCCAUCACCACCACAGCCGGGAAGACACGUUCACUCGGCGACAUUUACAUUUGUCUCGGGACCAGGAGUGAGGCCAGACCAGCCGCCUCCCAUUCUGCCUCUCUUUGGACCGUAUGCUAGAUCCCACCCUCGCCAUCCCUAUCAUCGUCAUCAUCAUUCUGGACCACAUCGCACCGUGACGUUUGUAACAGGGGGCAAUUUUGCUGACGGUGAUCCACUCAACAGGAUGUUGGCUCACGUUAUGGGCGUUCCUGAUGUGGGCGGCCCUCAGGAGCAAGGUCAGCCCGGAAAUAGAGCAGCUGGGCCCCCUCCGAUGGGUGGUGGUGUGUUUGGGCUGCAGCAGUUGCUUUCGACUAUCAUGAACCCAGCCGCGGCGGUUCAUGGCGAUGCUGUGUUCACCCAGGAAGCGCUCGAUAGAAUCAUCACACAGCUCAUGGAGAAUUCUCCUCAGACGAACGCUGCCCCGCCGGCUUCCGAGACUGCGAUUGCGAGUUUGGAGAGGAAGAAAGUCGAUGCCGAGCUGCUUGGGCCGGAGGGCAAAGCCGAGUGCACGAUUUGCAUCGACGAAUUCAAGAUGGGCGACGAGGUGACGGUGUUGCCGUGUAGCCACUGGUACCACGGCGAGUGUGUCGUCCUCUGGCUCAAAGAGCACAAUACCUGCCCUAUCUGCCGAAAGCCGAUUGAGAACCGAGAAGAGAACAACGCUGGUGACAACAGCAGCAGCGGUCAGCGGUCACCUGGUGCCGAUCAGGCGGCUUCUUCGUCAUCACAUGCGCAACAGCCUCGGCAAUCUUCGAACGAGGGCGCGCGAGUGUUUGCGACCUUUUCUCCACGAGUCACUGCUCCCAGACCAGUGGAAGAAGGAGUGUCGGGUUCUUCGACUGGCUAUCAAAUUCCGACGUUGUUUAGCAGCUACACCUCGCGGGUUAGGACGCCGCAGGAGAACCAGGAACGACUUGAACGUAUGGCUGGAGGUGGUGGUGGUCAGCGCCGUAGCUCGGCUUCCCCGCCCGGGGCCUGGCCUGAGGAUGAUACUGCCGAGCCUAGGUCAUCUAGGCAGAGGAGUCCGUCGAGGCCGAGGGAUGAGAACUGGGGUGGGAAUAACAGCGGGAGCGGCACUCCGGGGGAGAGUAACAGACGGAGUUACUUUUCGAGCUUUACGUCUGCUGGACGGGAUCAACAGCAGCAGCAGCAGCAGCAGCAGAGGGAGGGGUCGUCGUCUUCGAACAACAAUAACAACGGUGGCAAUGGUGGGAGUAGUAGUAGUAGUAGUGGUGGUGGUGGUGGUGGUAUUGCUUCAUGGAUUAGAGAUCACUGGACUAGGGACCGAGGCAAUGGGAAUGGGAAUGGGAAUGGGAAUGGGGGACGACGGUGA